AUGAGGCGUCGGGAAUUGGAAUUUGCUAUUGGUGACAAGGUUUUCUUGAAAGUAUUACCUAUGAAGGGGGUAAUGCGUUUUGGCAGAAAGGGGAAGCUUAGUCCUCGCUAUAUUGGUCCUUACGAGAUUACAAAAAGGGAUGGGAAGGUAGCUUAUGAGUUGAGAUUACCGGUUGAGAUGCCCAUGGUUCAUCCGGUGUUUCACAUUUCGAUGUUGAGAUUGUACAAACAUGAUCCUUCCCAUGUGUUGCACCAGGAAGAUAUUGAAAUUGAUGAAGCUCUGUCUUAUAAAGAAGAACUGGUUCAGACUUUAGAUCGUCAAGUUAGGAGGUUGAGAACAAAGGAUGUAGAGUCGGUUAAUGUGUUGUAG